UAUUAUAAACGCUGCGCGAGCUGCACUGGACGGAGCAGAGCAAAGCAGAGCGCGAGACAGAGACGGAGACAGAGACAGAGACAGAGGGAAUCAGAGCACGAGCGCGCAUAAGACUGUGGAUGUGCAUCUGGAGAGGAGAAACCCGAGAGUGUGACCAGAGAAAGUUAGACCCUGGUCACAGCGCACAGUCACGGAGAGAGUGGAGCUCAUUUCAGAGAGCUGAUAAAAGCACGUGCAGUUGGUACCUGGUGCACUCAGAACCUGUACCGUGACCACCGGACCACCGAAUCUGCCCGGAGCCUCGCCUCGCGCACUUCGUCUCCACAUGUACAAAAUGGAUUACUCGUACCUGAACACGUACGACUCGUGUAUGGCGGCGAUGGAGGCAUCUGCAUACGCGGACUUCAGCUCGUGCAGUCAGGCCAACACGUUUCAGUACAACCCAAUCCGCACGAGCUUCGGGGCGAACCCGGGAUGCGCGCCGCUCGGUACAGCCAGCUGCAGCCUCGGAGCGCUGCGCGAGCACCAACCGGCACCGUACACCGCGGUUCCGUAUAAGUUCUUCUCGGACCCUUCCGGUCUGAAUGAAAAACGGAAGCAGCGGCGGAUCCGCACCACCUUCACGAGCUCUCAGCUGAAAGAGCUCGAGCGUGUGUUCGCUGAAACGCAUUACCCAGACAUCUACACCCGCGAGGAGCUCGCGCUUAAGAUUGACCUUACAGAGGCCAGAGUUCAGGUUUGGUUUCAGAACCGACGCGCAAAGUUCCGUAAACAGGAGCGCGCGGCCAACGCAAAGGGCGGAAACACCGGAAACUCCAGUGUUACGUCCAAGAAACCGGGCGAGGCGCGCGCAUCCUCCGAGGACGAUGAGUCUAAAGAAUCCACGUGCAGCCCAACACCGGACAGCACGGCGUCUUUACCGAACUCGGCCAACACCGCGGGCAGUCCGGGCGCGAGCAGCCUCAGUCCCAGUCCGUCAUCCGGCGGCUUUGGCAACGCCUCGAGCUCGCCUUCCGUCCACCACGCGCUCAAAUCACAAGCGUGGCCCGGUGUGGGUUCUGCUGCGCCCAAUCAGGACCUGCUGAAGAGCUGGCAGACCGGAGACAGCGCGAGCGCCGGUCCGUUCGCCGGGGUGCUUUCAUCCUUCCACAGAAAACCGGGCGCGCUCAAGACCAACUUGUUUUAAACACACACACACACACACACACACACACACACACACACACACACACACACACUUAGCGGGUAGUUUACUCUCUAUUACUUCCGGCUGGAUUGUAUUUGAUUGUAUUUGAUUUCCGUUAGAGCUGGACUCCAGAUUAUUAUUAUUUCUCAUAAAUACUCAGUAGUGUUCACUUUAUCUGGUGCCGUUUAGGACAGAACUCAAGCUCGAGCUGUUUGUGUAAAAUGUUCCCUACAUAGUGCACUAGAUAGAGAAUUAAACAUCUUAAAGAAUAAUCAUAAAUAAAAAAGUCAACACUUGGUACCAGUUCCGCUUCACUGAAGGGAUCCGGGUUUAGGGAUUAACGGGGCAGGACCCUUCUGGACUUUGCGCACUUAAGAAGGUCCCUGAAAAAAAGCAUUUGCAUUCAAAUGUACUGAGGAAAGUCAUUCAGCUUCACUAAAAUCAACCUGUACACACUUCUAACAGACCCACCUGCGGUUCUGAGUGAAGUGGACCUGGUGAAGUGGUGUUCUGUUCUGUGAGCAAAACUUUCUUACAUUUUCUUAUCAAAUGAACAACACGUUGAGUUCAGUCUUAAACGAGAAGUUUGGUCUGAAAGUUCUCUCACUGAGCUCCUCAUAAUAUGGAGAGAUUUGGGACGAGGCCUUCACGUGAGAGGAACAUACAGGAACAAGUGUUGAGAGAUGGUGAUACAGUGGAGGUCGUGUAGAAAUCGCUCUUUACUUCCACACCUUACUGUGAAAGAAGAUAUUUAGAGUCAGAGCUGGAAAUAUUUGGACUUGUUUAGUUGGUUGUUCUAAUCAUCUCACUGAUCUCCACACUUUCACAAACAAACACAUGGUAGAAACGUGUUCUUCAGCUCAACACAAGCUUCAUCAUAGAACCAAUCAUGGUUCCUCUGCAGGUGUAAGAUGUUGUAGAGAAUGUGAAGAAGAGUGAAAUGUACAGCAGCUGUGUGUUUAACAGCCUGCACACCAUCGGGACUGUAACGUCACUGAUCGUCUGUUUUAGAAUUAGCACACGACGCUAACUGUGUUCCAGUCUGAGCAGAUUAAUUUAUUCAGCGAGAAAUGAAGUUAUUUUAAUUUUUAUUUAAAUUUUUUACAAAUAUUAGUACUUUUUUUCAGUAGGGCUUCUAAAAUACUAGAACAUGAAAUUAUUUUGUAAAUAGUAAUAUAAAUAUUGAGUAGGUUCUGUUUUUAUUCUGGUGCUGCUUCAUUCACACCGCAAAUCAGAGGGGUCGCGUCCCAAUCCGCACCUCACUAACUAGUGUGUGUAAAAAACACCCCGAGGUUAAACACACGCACACUGUUUAGUGCUGAAGUGUGAUUUAGAACACAGCCCAUUGAACCCGUUCAGUAAAGGCACUGUGUAAAAGUGGAGUCAAAUAAAAUCCAUUUAAAG